UGUUUUACGAGUCCAACAGAGGAUCAUAGAAGUAAAAUUCUACAUGCUCUUCUUCUUCUUCUUCUUCAACAUUCAACUAUUGGUUUGCACGUAAAGAACAGGAAACAGUUUAGUCCGGUAACCAGAAAUGAACGCCCUCCCUUCAUCUUCCUCUUCCACCUUCACUUUCUUAACUCAGUCCAAGAACCCCAAUCAUCUCUUCAAGUUGACACAUAAAGUACCCAUUUUACCCCUACACUCACCUUCUCCAUGUUGCUCCCUCAGUGACUCGUCCUCCUCGUCGACCACGGUGCUGGACAAAAAUGCCCUUUCACCCGAACAGAAUUCCCGCAUUGCAGUUUCGCCGGAUGACUCGAGCUUCGAGGAAGCCCUCGUGAUUCGCCGGCCGGUGACGGAUUUUUCCGCCGAAUACUCCGGCGAGGAGGAGGAAGAAGAGAAGGAGACAGAGGAGAAAGAAGAAGAAGAUGACCCGAAGGCUUCGGCGAUCGACGAGGGGCUCGCGAGAUUUGCGAAGAAGAUGCCGAUGUUUGAGCCAGAGAGGGUCGAAUCCAAAGAGAGGCCACUCGCAAUUAAUUUGGACUUGGCGUUAUACAGGGCGAAGCUUUUGGCUCGCAGAACCUUUCAGUAUGAAAAGGCAGAGUCAUUACUUCGUAAGUGUAUAAGCCUUUGGCCUGAAGAUGGUCGACCUUACGUGGUACUUGGAAAGAUAUUGAGCAAGCAAUCAAAAACAAGUGAAGCCAGAGAGAUAUACGAGAAGGGUUGCCAGGCUACGCAGGGUGAAAAUGCCUACAUUUGGCAGUGCUGGGCUGUUCUAGAAAUGCAAAUGGGAAAUAUCAGGAGAGCAAGAGAGUUGUUUGAUGCUGCCACAGUUGCUGACAAGAGGCAUGUUGCUGCUUGGCAUGGAUGGGCAAAUCUAGAAUUAAAGCAGGGAAAUCUAAAGAAGGCAAGGAUUCUACUUGGUAAAGGUCUUCAAUAUUGUGGACAGAAUGAGUACAUAUACCAAACACUUGCACGGCUUGAAGCUAGAGCAAAUAGAUAUCUGCAGGCUCGAUAUUUAUUCAAUCAGGCCACUAAGUGUAAUCCUAAUAGUUGUGCUAGUUGGCUUAGUUGGGCGCAAAUGGAGGUGGAGCAGGAAAACUACCGUGCUGCUAGGAAAUUGUUUGAGAAAGCAGUACAGGCUAGUCCUAAAAAUAGGUAUGCUUGGCAUGUAUGGGGCGUUUUUGAAGCUAACAUGGGCAACAUUGACAUGGGAAGAAAACUUUUAAAGAUAGGUCAUAAUCUAAACCCAAGGGAUGCUGUUCUACUUCAAUCUCUUGCUUUAUUAGAAUACCAAUACUCAACUGCAAACGUUGCCCGGGUUUUGUUCAGGAGAGCAUCUGAAUUGAAUCCAAGGCACCAGCCUGUUUGGUUUGCUUGGGGUUGGAUGGAAUGGAAGGAACGAAACUUGAAUAAAGCCAGACAAUUAUACCAAAAAACUUUAUCAAUUGAUCAAAACAGUGAAACUGCUGCCAGAUGUCUCCAGGCUUGGGGUGUUCUGGAGCAUAGGGUUGGCAAUCUUUCAGCUGCUCGUCGAUUAUUUAAAUCAUCGUUGAAUAUAAAUUCUCAGAGUUACGUGACAUGGAUGACUUGGGCAUCAGUGGAGGAAGAUCAAGGAAAUUCUGUGCGUGCUGAAGAGAUUCGUAAUCUCUAUUUCCAACAGCGCACAGAAGUUGUAGAUGAUGCUUCAUGGGUUAUGGGAUUCCUAGGUAUUUUAGACCCGGCUAUUGACAGUUUAAAGAGAAUCCUCAAGCUGAACCCAAAUUCGUACAACAUGCCACUGGAUUCUUUGAGGAACAUUGCGGGAACAAAUAAAAACAGAGUUGAUUCUUCUAGUGAAGACGAGGAUGAUGAUGAUGCAAAUGGAAAAAGUGACUUUGAUUUGGAUGCUUUCAUUAAGCAAAAGCUAACAUUAGAUUUGUCCAAUCUAGAAAUUCAGUUGGAAGAACCAAAAUUUUAUUCUGUGAAGAGAAGUACGUCUCCUAGAAGGAUAUGGCGACGAUCAAUUAAUGAAAUUGCUGAAGUGCAAGUCACACAGUAAUUUAGUUUAGGGUGUGGGGUCUUCAGCUAUAUAUAUACAUAUUGGUGUCUUGUAAAAAUUGUUUUGAAUAGUAUGACCGUGGCAUGAGAGGUGUAAUUGCCUUGAGUUGAACACGGCAUUAUAAGAAAUAUUUUUUUAAUGAAAAGAAAAUAUACUAAACUAAAUGACUGACAAAACAUUGCUUUUGAGUCAGAGGAAAAAGGUUUCUCUUCCGAAGUUUCCAAGGAAUGGUGUAUUUCCCUUUUGGAUUUAUAGGUUACGAUUUAUGAUGCAUAUUAAAUUAAAUCCAUAGUCGAUAUUCCUUUUA